AGUUAGGAAUUGCGGUAUUACGUGCUUGCAACCUAAACCGACAGCGCAAUUUUUGUCACCUGUUUUAAGUAAAAUUAUCCAUUGUUAUUUUUAAUUCAUAUCGUCGCGAGUCUUAGAAUAUAGCUCAGAUCUAUAUUCAUAGCCAUGGAGUUAGGUCUAUAUGCAUAGAUAUAUAGCCAUGUCUAAGCGCCAAAGAAACACGCAAAAACGGUCCGUCGGCAAUUAAUUUUUAUUUUGAAAAACAUUUCUGUAUUUAAUUUUGGUUGAAGAAUGUGAAAAAUCUGUAUUUUUAAACAUUUUUUAAGGAAAUAUUUUGUUUUUCUUAUUUGGCAAAGACCCAAAGUGAGAUUGUUCAGAACUUUUGUGAUUGGCAAAGUAAUUUGGAAACUAAAUUAUUGUUUGGUAUAAAAUAAUCACGGCUAACGAUGAAUGAAAGUACAUAUUUUGAACUAGACGAUUUGGGAUGUCCACAAAUAAAUUGUACAAAAAUGGAGUUUACACAAUUUAUACUUGGCCCACAGACACUACCACUCCACAAGGCGGUAAUGAUAAGCAUCAUUUUUGGUGGCAUCUUCAUAACCGGCGUAUUGGGAAAUGUUUUGGUGUGCAUGGUAAUAAUUCGGCAUGCGGCUAUGCACACGGCCACCAAUUAUUAUCUCUUCAGUCUGGCUGUAUCCGAUUUAAUAUACCUACUUUUAGGAUUGCCAAUAGAAGUCUUCCUGUAUUGGCAUCAAUAUCCAUUUUUAUUUGGCCUGCCAUUUUGCAAAUUGCGAGCUUUCAUAUCGGAAGCUUGCACCUAUGUAUCUGUGUUCACAAUUGUCGCUUUCUCCAUGGAGCGAUUCCUGGCGAUAUGUCAUCCAUUACAUGUGUGUGCCAUGUCUGGCUUUCAGCGUGCCUUAAGGAUCACAACAAUCCUUUGGAUUGUGAGUUUCUUAAUUGCCAUACCAUUUGGUAUCAAGACUGAAAUUCAAUAUUUGAAUUACCCAAUUGAUGGAUCUUUAAUUACGGAAUCUGCAUUUUGCGCCAUCGAGUUGGAGUUCCCCGAGAAAUUCCCUUUAUUUGAGGGCUCCUUUUGUAUUUUCUUCAUCAUUCCCAUGGUGCUGAUAAUAAUAUUAUAUGGUCGCAUGGGCGCUCAGAUACGAUCCAGAGCCACAGAUAGAUUGGGAGUUCAGCAGGCUUCAAGGAAUCAAGCCACUCGAAAUUCACAAAAGAAAAAGAGAGCUGUUAUCCGAAUGUUGGCCGCAGUGGUUGUAACAUUUUUUGUCUGUUGGUUCCCAUUUCACCUGCAAAGAUUGUGGUUCUUGUAUGCUAAGAAUAAUGACAACUACCAAGAUGUGAAUGAAUGGCUUUUUUCCAUAGCUGGCUUUGCAUACUAUGUCUCCUGCACAAUCAAUCCAAUUGUAUAUAAUGUUAUGUCACACCGCUAUCGGGUUGCGUUCAAAGAGAUACUUUGUGGUAAAAAGGCUGGGUCAUAUUAUAACAGCGGAUUUGCCAGAGAUCAGUCGAGUUUUAUGAGAAAUGACUCAAGUUUCCGCAAGGAAACAACUACAACUCAUCUGGGUGGCAGUAAGCGCAACAGUCGUCUCCAUCCAAAUGGCAUGACUGACUACCCAUUACUCAGUACCACAAAUAUUGUCAUUGUUCUUGGCAAUAGCAGUUCACGUGGCCAUCAAAAAGAAAUUAAUCGUGAUAUACCCGAAGAGAUUGGUAUCAAAAAGGAGGAAGAAACGUAAUUAAGGGAUUGUUACUCAAUUUAUGCACUUAUUUAUAACUUGUAUAUUAUAACCAAAUAACUCCAAUAUCGCACCACAUAAACAUAAAUGACGAAACGAUUUACAUUAUUUUUUUUUUUAUCAGACCUUUAAGCCAAGGCUAAAACUCAGAAAGUAAAAUUUUAAUUAUUUCAUCAAUGCAUAUAUAUAUAUGUAUUUGUAUAACCGUACUGUGUCAUAGUUAACUGUGUCUGAUUAUUUGAAUAACAAUAAACACAAACGUACAAAACCAAAAACAAAAA